AUGGGCUUCGUGGCGUCCCACAACGCGCUGACCUUAGCCUUCGAGGCGGCGCUCCAGGUCGUCGCGCCGGCGGCGUCCGUGCCCUACUGGGACUACACGGAGGACCACCAUCUGGCGAACGAGGCCGAGGACCGCCUGGCGACGUUGUGGUCCCUCGACGUCUGGGGCGACGACUUCUUCGGCACGGCCUCGGGCAAGUACCGCACGGUGGAGACGGGCCGCUUCGCCUACGCGCCCAUCGCCAAGGCGGCCGCGGGCGCGCGCGUCAAGUCGCCCUACGGCUACCUCCGGAGCCCGUGGAACGUGAACAAGGACCCCUUCCUCCUGCGGGCCCACAGCUUCUGCGGCGCGUCCUACGGCUGGCUCGAGGGGAGCCUCACGACGGAGGCGUCGCCCAUCGACACGGCCUGGCCGUCCUGCAAGGUCCACCACGAGCUCACGUUCGCCGUCGACUCCUUGUACGAGUGGGUCUGGGCCGCCGCGUACGCGCCCCACGGGCCCGUCCACUUCAUGAUCGGCGGCUACACGCACUGCGGCGACAUGGCCAUGGCCGCGCUCCACGGGAAUUCGUCCAGCGACGACCUCGAGGCGUCGAACGUCGCCAAAAUCUUGGGCUCCGUGAAGCAGCGGACCGUCGCGUUCCCGAAGACGAUGUGGCGCUACGGUCUGGUGGAGUACCCCCAGGCCUGCUCCGACGACACGCCCCAGGCCCUGUGCCACAUGAUCUGCGACGACCCCGUGUCGCUGGGCAGCUUCCGGAAGUUCGCCUUGACGGGCGACAUGGGCGAGAACCUGUUCGGCGCGUGGGUGGCGCGGCUGCCCGUGGACCUCUGGGGCCAGUUCCUCGAGCUCAUCUGCACGACGCCCUUCACGCCGGGCGAGCAGAUGGGCGCGAACUCGCCCGUGGACCCCUCCUUCUGGCCCAUCCACCCGACGCUCGACCGGCUGCUCCAGUACAAGCGCAUCGUCAAGCCCUUCUCGAGCCCGGGCUGGGAGGCGCCCGACGGGCCCACGAAGUACUGCAUCACGGACUACGACGGCAUCGGCGCGUCGGACUGCAAGGGCCACCACCCCUGGGACGUCGCGCCCUGGGCCGUCGCCGUCGACGGCGACCCGGCGUUCGUCACGAACGGCGAGCUCCACGCCAUGGGCGACCCGCGGGCCUACGCGCUCCCCUACGUCUACGACGAUUUUACCUGGCCCCACUGCGACGCCGAGGGCCACGUCUUCCCGCCGCCGUCGGGCGCGCCAACGCCCGGCGCCGACGCCGCGGCGCACAAGCACGCGGCGCCCGAGGAACGGGAUCCCGACGACCGCGGGCCGCCCGGCCACGACGACGACCACGGCGAGAAGCCCCAGGAGAUGGGGUCCUCGCGGCCGGGGGAGGCGGGGUCAGGCAUCAGAGACCCAGAGACUAGAGACCUGGGCAUCGAGCAUCAGACCUGGGUUUCAGACUAA